AUGAAGUUCUCAAAUGUGGACUUCGUUGUAUAUAGCUCUUCUGACUUGCCAAUCUUCAAAACCCACGACAUAAUCAAUGGCGAGAUCUCUUUUACACCUCUCCAAGAAACCAACAUUGAAGACAUAAGCAUCACAUUCAAAGGCAUGACACGAAUCGAAGUCGAGAACAUGAACACACAUCUUCCUCUCCCUUCCAGUCGAAUCCAGAAACCCUUCUUAAGUAUGGAUUUGCCGGUUUACGACUACUUCUGUGAUACGAAAACCCUGAAACCUGGCAAGAGCUAUCAAAUACCCUUCAAGUUCAUCGUGCCGGACGAACUUCCCAUCCAUGCCUGUCAUCACCAAUGCGCCAACCACCAAAUCCAACGAGAACACCUGCAGCUACCUGCAAGUCUCAGUUACCGUGCUAGGAAAUCCCAUGAGAUUCAUGACAUGUCACCAGAAAUGACGGAAGUAGUCUACAGCAUCAACUUUGCGCUAUGGCAGCGAGAUGGCAAGGCAGGGAGGCCGAAGAAAAUCCAGGAAUCAACACAUCCCGUGCAAAUCCUCCCAACACGAAAGGAGCAUUCCCCCAUCCUCGUCCCAGAAAAAAACAAGUUUUAUCAGCUACGAACAGAAAAGCCAUUAUACACGGGGAUGCUGCGGCAUGCAUGCGGCAAACUCGCUGCUUAUUCUGCCCAACCACCAGCUAUCCAGCUGCAAAGUCUUCAGACGACCAAUGCGGACGCGUCAACUUCUCUGAAGAUUAAUCUUCACUUUGACCCUUCUUUUUUGGGUCAGCUGCCACCAAGUCUUCUUGCCGCCGAAUUUCAGUUGCGGGCGAUGACGUUCUUUGGGCUGGAGCCCUGGAAAAAUUAUCCAGAUUUGACUGAGAUUUCUACAUGGGGUACACGACGAGAAUUCUGGUCUGAUUGUGUGGCAUUGACGGCGAACAAUGAAAUACAAAUGGACUGGAAUUCUGAAGCAGAAGGGGAGCGCACGAUCUUCACUGCAUCGAUUGAGACUUCACCUAUACCAACGUUCUCUCCCAUCAAGAUCCAAGAUUAA